CCGGUUCGCUGCGCACGGCUGUAGUUUUUCUGAAGGGUUCCCCCUAAUGUGAGAAUGACAGCUAUCAAAAUGGCGGAGGGCAAUAGAGAAAAGUGAUGAGGACAGCGCAACAAAUGAGACAACUAUCCUAAAUUUAUUAUAUUAUUCUCACUGUUCAUCGGAUAUUCUCGAAAACAUUUAAGGUUUUGGUGAGACUUGUGUAGAGCCUAGUUUGUUCUUCUGUUGAAGAUUUAGCUAGCUAACGUUAGCUAGUUUGCUAUCUGCGGAAGAGGCACAACUUCCAAGACAUUGCAGCUAAAAAAAAAAAGCAAUGUUUUUGAGCUGAUUCCAUGAUAGCUAGAGACUUUGAGUAAAUCCGGCAUUAUAAUUCCUAUAACGCAAGGUAUCAUUAGCUGGACAUAAACAGCUUUGCACUCUCCUCCGAUUUGGGCUAGCUACAGUAACUCAUUUAGCUAGCAAACGAAAGUGGCGUCAACUGAGUACGAAUUUUGCUGAUUGUUUAUUUUAUGACGACAUGGCUCAUUCCCCGGUUCAGAGUGGCAUUCCAGGGAUGCAGAACUUUAAAGCUGAUCCAGAGGAGCUGUUCACCAAGCUGGAGAGGAUAGGGAAAGGCUCUUUUGGAGAGGUGUUCAAAGGCGUUGACAAUCGGACUCAGAAAGUAGUGGCCAUUAAGAUAAUUGACCUGGAGGAGGCUGAGGAUGAAAUCGAAGACAUUCAACAGGAAAUAACAGUCCUCAGCCAGUGUGACAGUCCCUUUGUAACCAAGUAUUAUGGAUCAUAUCUGAAGGAUGCAAAAUUAUGGAUUAUUAUGGAAUAUUUAGGAGGAGGAUCAGCUCUGGAUUUAUUGGAGCCCGGUGCCUUGGACGAAACCCAGAUUGCCACAAUUCUCAGAGAGAUCCUGAGGGGACUUGAGUACCUGCACUCUGAAAAGAAAAUCCACCGAGAUAUUAAAGCCGCUAACGUGUUGCUAUCGGAGCAAGGAGACGUGAAGCUGGCAGACUUUGGAGUGGCGGGUCAGUUAACGGACACCCAGAUCAAGAGGAACACGUUCGUGGGCACUCCCUUCUGGAUGGCUCCUGAAGUCAUAAAACAGUCUGCGUAUGACUCCAAGGCGGAUAUAUGGUCGCUAGGUAUAACAGCCAUAGAGCUAGCCAAAGGAGAGCCACCCUACUCAGAGCUUCACCCUAUGAAGGUCUUAUUCGUCAUCCCAAAGAACAACCCGCCCACCCUGGAAGGAAACUACUGCAAACCCCUCAAAGAAUUCAUAGAAGCAUGUUUGAACAAAGAGCCCAGCUUUAGGCCAACUGCCAAGGAGCUGCUAAAACACAAGCUGAUCAUCCGGCACGCCAAGAAGACGUCCUACCUUUCAGAGCUGGUGGAGAAGUACAAGAAGUGGAAAGCAGAGCAGUCUCGGGACGACUCCAGCGACGACGAGUCGGACUCUGAGCAGGAUGGCCAGGCAUCUGGAGUGAACGACUCUGGGAACGAUGACUGGAUCUUCAACACCAUCAGGGAGAAGGACCCCAAGAAGUUCCUGAAUGGUGCCGCCCAGUUUGAUGAGCUGGAGAGGAACAAGGUGCAAGACAAUCCAAAAAGGCCUCUGUCACAGAGCUGGUACACUAUCAUUUCACCUUUGUUUGCUGAGUUAAAAGAGAACCAGGUUGAGGCAACCAAUGGCAAGCCAGAGGCUGUGGACGAGCUGAGGGAGGCCGUUUUCCGGUCAGAGGAGUCCUAUCCUGGUAUCUCUGACGCCCUGGUGUCUGAACUAGUGCACAGACUACGGAGGUUUUCUCUACCCAGGGCCUCAUCCUCCCAGUGACACCCCCACCCACCCCCCUCCCACCCCUACAGUAGCAGCAGUCCGUCAGUCCAUGGCCUCUGACAUCAACAGCCAAGAUGAAGUCUCCCAGGAAGUUCUCCAUCACUCAUUCAUUCAUUCACCUAAAGAAAAGCCUCAGCCCUGUUUUUUUUA